ACUACGUCACAGGAAGUUAAAAGAAAAGGAGAAUCACUACAGCAUGUAAGCAAUGCUUCAAAUUGUGGCAAAAGCGAUCCGUGGUGUCAUUUAGCAGAAAAUAAUUGCCCUACACUUACUGAAAAGCCGAAGUUAUUUUUCAUUCAAGCCUGCCAAGGCGAACAUUUCGACGAAGCUGCGAAGAUAUCAUACUAUCAAGAAACAUCGAAACUGACGGAUGGUACGAAUCGCAUAAAUAUUCGACUGAACCGAAUUUCUUAAUAGCGUUGUCGACAACGCCAGGAUACGUGUCUUGGCGAAGCAGAAAUGUUGGUACUCCGUGUGCAGGGAACUGUACAAUACUUCAGAGUUGGACGUUACAUCCUGACGGUUAUGACUGGCGUGUGUCAGAAUGUUGCCUUAGACUUUGAGUCAGUAACAUGCGAACCAAAAAAACAAAUUCCAUGUAUUAUGAGUACGCUAACUCGUCGUCUUGUGUUUUCAAAGAAACAAAAGACGAAGUACUAAUUGAAAUUAGUAAUUGAGUUCCGAAGCAAAGAUAAGGUUUUCUGUACGUGACAAUGAUUACAAACAUGUAUCGUAGUUACUAUGGCUGUAUUUUAACGGGUGGGUAUAGUUACCGGCACGGAUCUUGAGCGCUGACCUUCACCUGCGCAGAAGUUAUUUUUUGGGUCCCUUUUGCGGU